GAUGUGAUUAGGUCCGCCUUCACGCGCUUUGAAGAUGGCAGCCGCCGUAAACACACCGACACCUGAGAGCGGGACAACGAAGACCGAUGACGGUGGAUAUGACCAAAAAUGUAUUUUCUGUAAAAUCGUGAAGGGGGAGAUGGGAACUGAGCUCCUGCACAAUGAUGAGACUGUGUCCUGUUUCAGAGAUAUACACCCUGGAGCUCCUCAUCACUAUCUGGUUGUGCCAAAUAAACAUGUGGGCAAUUGUAAAUCUCUCAGAAAAGAGCAUGUGCCAUUAGUGGAGAAGAUGGUGGAGAUGGGGAAAGAGAUACUUCAGAAGAACAAUGUAACUGAUUUAAAUGAUGUUAGGUUUGGCUUCCACUGGCCUCCUUUCUCCUCUGUCACACAUCUGCAUCUCCAUGUUCUCGCACCCGUCAGUCAGUUGGGCUUCAUGUCACGCUUGGUCUACAGGCUAAACUCAUAUUGGUUCAUCACGGCAGAACAGUUACUCCAAAAGCUGAACUCUAUGAGCUAAGGAAGUGAGAGA